AGAGCAGAAAUACAUAAACAAAGAACCUUCGACGCUUCCAUCCCGAGAGUGAAGCUUCAUAAAAAUGUCAAUCGCCGGCGAAUCACCGGGAGGAAAACCGCCUGAAUAUCCAUCGGACGAGAGGAUUCCGAAAUUGCCUGGGGGAAUCGAGGGGAUUAUUCUCUGGACGGACUACGCCGUGCAGCAAGCAGUGAUUGCGCAGAAGACAGUCGAGAGCACUGUGGAGAGCGCAAUCGAAGCCACCAGAUCGCGAAUUGAUCGCAUCCUCAACACCUCUUCGGCGCAUUUCAACCAAACCAUUGAUUCUUUUCAAGACUUGAAGUCUGACUAUAGCCAAUAUGAGGAUAUUGCUUUUGGGAAGAUUAAAGAGGGCUGUCUUCUUGCCGCUUCACACCCAUUGAUUACAACAGGAGCUGUUCUUGGUGUGGGAUUUCUGGGUCUAAAAAGGACCAGACAAUUCUUCUACUACAACACAAUGCGCCUCCUUUUCAGUGAAGAGACUUUGCUUUCUCGAGCUGAUGCGAAAGUCAAGCAGUUGCGCCAAUCAAUUGAUCUUUUGAAGGCUGAAAGUGAGAAAUUGGAGAAGAAAGCGAUGCAAGCUGAAGAAGACGUGGUGCGAGGAAGGACAAAACUCAGGCAAGCAGGAAAGCAAAUACAAAGUGCCCUAAACUCUGCUUAUAAGAUAGAAAGGCAAGCAAGAGGCUUGAAGGAUGUCCUUAGAGAGCUUCCCAGUAGAGAAUCAUCGCGAUUUCGAACUCAAGUUAAUAACGUUGCGAAAGAGGCAAAGAAAGAAAGGAAUGCUCUGUCCAAGGAAGUCGCCAGAAUCAGCAAUCAUGGGAUCUCAGUCUGAACAUCAAUCAUCUCAUUUUGCAUUCUCUCCAUUGAUAUUAAGCCUAUAUUAGAUUGUUGUUGAACUUUUUUGAUGCUUUAUAUAGUAACUCAAAUAAAAAGUUUGAUUUCAAAGCUGUAGCUCAAAAUUUUGCUAUAGGACAAAUACAGUCGAAAUUCAUGGAUGAAUCGACGGUCCUAACCUCUUCUUGAACAAGUAAAGAUUUCAAGUGCGACUAUGGAGGUCAAGUAACUUCCGACACCCUCAAUUGCUUUUUA